CCACUCUCAAUCACCACCGGGGAAGUGCGGCCCAGGGCAACUUUUCCAGCGAGCCCUAAGAGCAGGCACAGAGUCAGCUGACCCGCACCAUCCAGAGUGGGCCCCUCCAAAAGUUCAACUCCGCCAACGCCGUGGCUCAAAAUCCUGCCCUCUUUUUCCCAAGCGCAACUUCACAACAUCUGCAGCCUGCUGAGGAAGACAUUGUGUCUAGGCAACCAUGCAGAUCUUCGUGAAGACCCUCACGGGCAAGACUAUCACCCUUGAGGUGGAGUCGAGCGACACGAUCGACAAUGUCAAGUCCAAGAUCCAGGACAAGGAGGGCAUCCCCCCUGACCAGCAGCGCCUGAUCUUUGCCGGCAAGCAGCUCGAGGAUGGCCGGACCCUCUCGGACUACAACAUCCAGAAGGAGAGCACCCUCCAUCUUGUGCUCCGCCUGCGUGGUGGUGGCAAGAAGAGGAAGAAGAAGGUCUACACCACCCCGAAGAAGAUCAAGCACAAGCGCAAGAAGACCAAGCUCGCUGUGCUCAAGUACUACAAGGUCGACAGCGAUGGCAAGAUCGAGCGUCUUCGUCGCGAGUGCCCCAGCGAGGAGUGCGGCGCCGGUGUCUUCAUGGCCGCCAUGCAGGACCGCCAGUACUGCGGCCGCUGCCACCUUACCUACGUCUUCGAGAAGAGCGCUUAAAAGGCUGGCUUGAAGCGAACUGGGCAACUCGGGACGGGAACGGAAUUGCAAGGAGUCAGGAACGGGCAACGAUCUUUCAUGAUAUCGGCGUUUAUGUACCUUAGAGUCGGGCAUAUGCGGACUCGGACCGGCAAGGAAAAUGCAAUUUGGGGGUGCGAUGACAGACCGGGCCACCUCGACCACUGGUGUCAUCAUCUCAGGCUGUGUAACUGGGUCAUGCAGGCAGCUACCUAGCUUAUCCAGUCAAGUUCCCGUCCCAUUCUAAUUAUUGGGGAACC